GUGCCGCUUCCCCUGCCCGGGCUGCGGCGUGUGGAGGGGCUGCGGGGCACCGGGCGGCGCAGCCUGCAGCGCGGCAGGCUCCGGCUGAGACCCAGCCGGGCGACCGGGGCUGGCGCCCUGCGGAGGGAGAGGGCACGGAACAGGCUCGGGACCCUUGGGCUGCGCACGGCGCGGGCGGAGGGCGCAGCGAGGCGCUGGCGGGUGAUGGGAAAUGCAGCUGACGGCAGAACCGGGUCCGGUGAAUAGCGCCGGUUGGUAGGACCCGAACCACUUGGGACGCCGGCCUGCAUCCCCCUCUUCGGCUCCGAUUCAAAACCGCUUUGCGGCGGAGCAGGGUUUUUCCGCUUCCCCGGGGCUGUGCGCUGCGGCGGAGCCCCGGCGCUUAGGAGGAAUCGGAGAUCUGGGGCAGCACCCUCCUCCCCACCCCCAGAGUUUGGGCUCCCGGGUUUUUGUUGGGGUGGGGGGUGGAGGAGAUGGACCCCGAAGGGCGAGAGAGCCGGGCUGCGCUCGGGCCCGCGGCGGCCGGGCAGGAAAGGGUUAAGCCGGCGCUCGCCCGCGGCGGCCAGCUGCUAGUGGGUCCGGUCCGCCCGCGCGGAACCGAGCGCGGAGCGCGCCUGGUGGAAUCCCGGCUGGAGUCGGGGCGAUGGGGAGAGGGCCCGGACCCCUCCCCGCCCUGCGGCCGGCGGGAUUGGGCCGGCAGGGGGCCAGCCCGGAAGCCGGCUUCCUCCAGGCUCCCCCUCUCGCGGCUGCCGAGUCGCCUGCAGCCAGGGUGGCCGAGCGUUCGUUCUGCGCUCCCUGCGGAGGAGAUGUGAGGGCUUUUCUCUUGGGGGAGAAAUCGGUGGUCGAGCGCCUGCCCAAAUCACAUGCCACCCUGCUCAGAGGGAAGCCUCCACCCCGGGGAUCCCCGAAGGAGAGCAACGUCACACUUCCUGAGGACAGCCAGGAGGACUCUGGCUUCUGCUGAGCUUUGCAUCUUGCCUCCUUCCUUCCAAAGGCUCCAGACCCAAGCUCCACGUCCUCGAAUCCCGCGUGCCCCUGGCCAGGCGCUCCACAGCCCCUCAGGGCCAGCCCAGUUCUGGAGCUCACCUCCAGGACCUGGAGCCCGCCCUCCUGCCCAGAAUGACUCACCAUUAUUUCUCGCUCAAGUGAGGAGACGUGAUGGGCAGUCGGACUGCCGAUUUGUGUAUCUAGGAUUCCCACGGUAUCUGAUCAGCUCUUCGAGGAAGAGAGCUUCCGGUUCCUGCCUUGUCAGCCAAGGGAGGCUGUCUCUCUGGUCCUCAGAGAGCCCUCGGGGCUCUCCUGCAGGAAUCCAGGCCAAUGCUUCUGUGUUUCCUGGGGCCGUAAGCAGCACCCUGAGUUCCCUGCUGCCGGGCAGCUGGAAGGCAUAGUGUGAGGCCCUUCUCUCAGCCCCCAUAAUGACAGUGGCCACCGGAGAGCCAGCGGACGAGGCCGCCGCCCUCCCCGGGCACCCGCAGGACACGUACGACCCCGAGGCCGACCACGAGUGCUGUGAGAGGGUGGUCAUCAACAUCUCGGGGCUGCGCUUUGAGACCCAGCUCAAGACCUUAGCCCAGUUUCCAGAGACCCUCUUAGGGGACCCAAAGAAGCGGAUGAGGUACUUUGACCCCCUCCGAAAUGAGUACUUCUUCGAUCGGAACCGGCCCAGCUUUGAUGCCAUUUUGUACUAUUACCAGUCGGGUGGCCGCUUGAGACGGCCCGUGAACGUGCCCUUGGACAUCUUCUCUGAAGAAAUUCGGUUUUAUGAGCUGGGAGAAGAAGCGAUGGAGAUGUUUCGGGAAGACGAAGGCUACAUCAAGGAGGAAGAGCGUCCUCUGCCCGAAAAUGAGUUUCAGAGGCAGGUGUGGCUUCUCUUUGAAUACCCAGAGAGCUCAGGGCCUGCUAGGAUUAUAGCUAUCGUAUCCGUCAUGGUCAUCCUGAUCUCCAUCGUCAGCUUCUGCCUGGAGACCCUGCCCAUCUUCCGGGAUGAGAACGAGGACAUGCAUGGGAGCGGGAUGACCUUCCACACUUACUCCAACAGCACCAUCGGGUACCAGCAGUCAACCUCCUUCACCGACCCUUUCUUCAUUGUCGAGACUCUUUGCAUCAUCUGGUUCUCGUUCGAAUUCUUGGUGCGGUUCUUUGCCUGCCCCAGCAAAGCCGGCUUCUUCACCAACAUCAUGAACAUCAUUGACAUUGUGGCCAUCAUCCCCUACUUCAUCACCCUGGGGACGGAGCUGGCCGAGAAGCCAGAGGACGCCCAGCAAGGCCAGCAGGCCAUGUCAUUGGCCAUCCUCCGUGUCAUCCGGUUGGUAAGAGUCUUUAGGAUUUUCAAGUUGUCUCGACACUCCAAAGGUCUCCAGAUUCUAGGGCAGACCCUCAAAGCCAGCAUGAGAGAAUUGGGCCUCCUGAUAUUCUUCCUCUUCAUCGGGGUCAUCCUUUUCUCUAGUGCUGUCUAUUUUGCAGAGGCCGAUGAGCGAGAGUCCCAGUUCCCCAGCAUCCCGGAUGCCUUCUGGUGGGCAGUCGUCUCCAUGACAACUGUAGGCUAUGGAGACAUGGUUCCGACUACCAUUGGGGGAAAGAUCGUGGGGUCCCUCUGUGCAAUUGCAGGUGUGUUAACCAUUGCCUUACCGGUCCCCGUCAUAGUGUCCAACUUCAACUACUUCUACCACCGGGAGACAGAGGGAGAGGAGCAGGCUCAGUACCUGCAAGUGACAAGCUGUCCAAAGAUCCCGUCCUCCCCCGACCUGAAGAAAAGUAGAAGUGCCUCUACCAUUAGUAAGUCUGAUUACAUGGAGAUCCAGGAGGGGGUCAACAACAGUAACGAGGACUUUAGAGAGGAAAACUUGAAAACGGCCAACUGCACUUUGGCUAAUACAAACUAUGUGAAUAUUACCAAAAUGUUAACUGAUGUCUGAUUGAAACCUAUUAACACACCCGCAGCUCCAUGGAACUCCUGCAGAUACAGCAUAAAUAGCCUGCAUUGUAGUCAGUGUGUUCUACAGUGUACAUCUGGUUCUGCAUGGGAAGCAGUAGUCGUGCAAGUGACUUUCGAUCUUUUGAUUUUUGAUUUAGAACACAGAAUAUCUAUCCCUGGCUUUCAUGCAAAUAAAUCUUCAUCACUGGCCUAGGGGUUUCCAAACAGGGGAGUCCCCUAUGGAGCCAGAAUUUCAGAAAGACACACUGGGGCCACCUCAUAGUGGACACAUAACCCGCCCCAUCGGUGCCACCUUCCUUUCUGAAUUAAAUGCGCACACCCUCCCCUCCUCCCUGGGAGACGCACCCCACCCUCCCCAGCCUCUGGGGCCCCGAACCCCCUGGGCCCAUAGGAGCCCCACCUCCUGCUUCACAGAGGAAAACCAUGGUGGCUUAGCUUGAAAGCACGGGGAACUAUUCAAAAGGUCAUUUCCCAUUUUUGCAUUGAGAAGAACACGCAGGCCUGCCGUAUUGGAAUUAGACUCUCUGUGUCAUGGGCUGGGGUUUGUGAAUUGCACUUGCCAAGUUGAUGCUUCGGAGGCUUGUGUUUCAUAACGGAAAAUGCUGCAUUUGGUUUUUCUCUGCAGUGUGGCUGUGAGGGAACCCCAGGGGGAGGGACAGUCAGGAUGACCGAACAUGAGUGGUCGAGUUGCACGCUGGCUCUCAGGCCGCUGGGGAGAAGCUAACCAACCCAGGGACCUCUCGGCUUCGGAUCUCUCCAUUUUCGCAGGCUUCAGGGUCACAAAACGUCUGACUCCUGCGUGCCGCUGGAGUGUGCAGACAUAUGCUUUCCUUGCACCGUGCCCGCGGUGCUGACCCCCGCAGUGCCAUUACCAGUAAUGAGCUAGAGCUGCAUGGGUGUUUGUUGCAUGCAUCUCGAUAUUUAAACCACAGGAGAUAACCUAUUUUCUUAGUAGCCUACACAGUAUUCAUAUCUAGAGUAUUAAGAUCCCUGGAGUGGCACUGAGCUAGGGGGUGUUUUGGUUGGUUUUGGUUUUCUCCGCCCCCCCCCGCCCCAAUCAGAAGACAAAAAGCCCUCAGUCAGGAGAAUAAAAAAGAGACUGUUUGGCAUGGGGAACCCCAACUUCCGGCUCCCCAGUCCACCCCAUCCCUGUUCUUCGACCUGGGGGCACAGACCUUUGCAAAGCCCAGAAGGGGGAGCAAGGGAAGCCGCUCUCUGAAACCUCACAUCACCGCACCUUACGACUGAACCUAGUUAUGGGGAUGACUCUCUAGCUGACCCAGGCAUCUGGGCCUGAGGACAGGCGGAUUUGAGGAUCCAGUGUAUAUAAGCAUAUAUUGAGUAUCUCUCUCAUGAGUUCCUCUACCUAUCUCGCUAUAGAAGAAAUUGCAUUUGAACCUUGUAUAAGCUUAUGCAAUAUUUCUGAUACAGGGCAACUUACGCAUGUGUUUGACUAUGUGCACUAGCGUAUGUAUGUAUAUGUACUACAUGCAUACAUACAUGUGUG